CUUUUCCUGUCAGUGUUUGGGUGCCUGUUUGGGCACUGCCCCCACGAUUAAGGGUACCCUAAUCUGAAGUGCCGUGCUAGCCAGGGGCCACACAUGUACACAGCAUCGGUGCUUCUUGCAAGAAGUUACUUUUUAUUCACAACAAAAGGAGAUGUCUUUAGUACGUCUUUUUCUGCUGCACCUGACGUGUCAGCCCCCAGCGGGGCCUGAAAUAGAGGAAAGAAGAAAAGAGAGGGGAGUGAAAAAAAAGGGGGAGCUGGAAAAACUAAAUCAAUCUACAGAUGAUAUCAAUCGGAGAGAGACAGAGCUGGAGGAUGCACGCCAGAAGUUCCGCUCCGUGCUGGUCGAAGCAACAGUAAAACUGGAUGAACUGGUAAAGAAGAUUGGAAAAGCUGUAGAAGACUCUAAACCUUACUGGGAAGCUCGGAGGGUGGCCAGGCAGGCACAACUGGAAGCUCAGAGGGCGACUCAGGACUUCCAGAGGGCCACUGAAGUGCUGCGUGCUGCAAAGGAGACCAUUUCGCUCGCUGAGCAGAGGCUGCUGGAGGAUGACAAACGUCAGUUUGACUCUGCCUGGCAAGAGAUGCUCAACCAUGCUACUCAGAGGGUCAUGGAGGCGGAACAGACCAAAACGAGAAGUGAGCUGGUGCACAAGGAGACCGCAGCCAAAUACAAUGCUGCCAUGGGGAGGAUGAAACAGCUGGAGAAGAAGCUGAAAAGAGCCAUCAAUAAAUCAAAACCUUAUUUUGAACUCAAGGCAAAGUACUAUGUCCAACUAGAGCACCUGAAGAAAACAGUGGACGACCUGCAGGCAAAACUGGCCCUGGCCAAAGGGGAGUAUAAGACUGCCUUGAAAAACCUGGAGAUGAUCUCAGAUGAGAUUCACGAGAGGAGACGGUCCGCUGCCAUGGGGCCCCGCGGAUGUGGCGUGGGUGCUGAAGGGAGCAAUACCUCUGUGGAAGACCUGUCAGCAAGUAAACCAGAGUCAGACACUAUCUCCAUGGCUUCAGAAGCGUUUGAGGAUGACAACGGCAGUAGCUUCAUAUCCGAAGAAGAUUCGGAAACUCAGUCGGUGUCCAGCUUCAGCUCUGGUCCCACCAGCCCCUGCGAGGUGCCCGCUCAGUUUCCUCCUGCCACACGACCUGGAAGCCUGGAUCUGCCCAGCCCCAUGUCCCUCUCGGAGUUCGGGAUGAUCUUCCCUGUCCUCGGCCCCCGAAGCGAAUGCAGCGGGGCGUCCUCCCCCGAGUGCGAAGCUGAAAGAGGGGACAGGGCAGAAGGGGCUGAGAACAAGACAAGCGACAGAGUGAACAAGAACAGGAGUGGCACCAGGAGCGGCUCCGCUGAGGGGCUGGCUUUGGAAAACCGAAUGAAGCAGCUCUCCCUUCAGUGCAUGAAAAUCAAAGAGGGAAUAUGCGCAGGCAGAAAAGCUGCCCAGAUUGGCUGAGUCCUUCUUGCACCCUGUCCUGAUUAAUGGGAGUAUAAAUAUUUAUACAUGAACUUCUAAGUGUUUGAAGAACAUUGUGCCAAUAAUAUAUGCCAAAUCUUAAGCGUUUACUCGAAGAAUUUAAAGCUGCACUAAGAAGUCUAAUUGAUGUGGAGGGCUGGAGUUUUUAUGCAGUAAAUCCUUUGUAGGCCGGACAAGUUAUCAAAUGUUUAAGCUGUGCUCGUAUUUCACAGACUUUGUAAAUUGUUUUGUAGCAGCCUGGCUGAAGCAAUAACUAGUAACGUUCCCGUGUAAAUUCAUGCCAGUAGGGGGUCUGAAAUUCGAGCCAGACAUUUGCAGAGAGCGGUUUGGCUUCAGUUUUGUAGAAUGAAAUGCUCUUUAGAUACAGUGGAACUCUGGAGUAUCAGUGGCAUAUUCUUUAAACAUCUGUAUUUGUCUGUAUUAUGCUGAAACUGUAGAAGUAUUUUGUACACAGGAAAGCUGUUGCAUGUGUGGGGUUGAAAAGCCUUCACUCUUCCCUUGGUGCUCACAGAAAGGAUGAAGAUGAGGCAUGCCUAUAAAACCUGGUGUGAAGAGACAGACAGACAGACAGACAGAUGGAAAGGGGAUGGUAAUGCUCAGCGGUGGUCGGCCCUUUGUAGCCACCUUCCCGAGUCUGGCUUGGGCUCUGAGGGUGAUUCCAGUGACCAAAAAGAGUUGAUUGGCCCCUUCCUCAAGAAGUGAAGUAUUAUUUUUCAGCACUUUAAGUGUUUGGUUUUGGGGUUUGUUUUUGGCUUGAAAAUGGGAGUCAUAGAUGUGUUCAGGACAGUUACGAUAAGGGAUUCGUCCUUGAAAUAUGCAUGAAGAAAAGGAAUUGCCAGUGUAGAUUGACGAUGUGUUCUUAAGCUUCUCUGUAGGUUGUACUGUGUGGGGUUUUAUAACUGUUCAAGGGACUUGGGAUUUAAGUAUUGCCCUAGAGAAAGUGUUCCCUAAAACUAGAAAGGGCAUGGGCAUGUUUUGCCAGCAGCUGUUAGGCAGUAGUAGUGUCUGGUAAUUAUGCUAGUAAGUGGUAGUAAAAAUCCUAGGACUCUUCAGUUUUGGUGGCUAAGCGUUUCUGAAAGCACCAUUUUAUCUAAGAUGUCUGUUUAUACUGUUAAUUUGAUGGGAAUUUUAGUAUUGCCCAAAGUAUUUUCUAUUCUAUGUUUUCGCAGUCCUGUUGUAUUUCGUCCCUGCCACAGCUUGUGUAUCUAUUCUCAAAGUUAAUGUAAAAUUCUUCACACUACAGUAAACAUUUUUGUUUUCCA